CUCAGUUCAGACGCCUCGGGGCUGAGGUGAUGUGAUGGAUCGGAGCUCGACAUUGAGACUGAGGAUGAUUCGGCUGAACGUGGUUCUGCUCCUGUCCGCCAGCAUCGUCUGUCUGCAUGGGAAUCCUGUCGCAGACGACCACGAUCUUCACUGUGUGAAUGAUUACUUGUUCACGGUCAACUGCACCAUGAGCCUCAGACCAUCAGAAGACACCUCCGGCAGUGACGGCUCCUACUGGCUCAAUUUCACAGAAACAAUGGAACCGAGGACGUUUCAGUGCAUGCUGAAAAACACCGACAGGGAUUAUUUCUGCUCUGUGAAAACAUCCGAUCUGACGCCUGACGGCGAUUCUCCAGAGACGUUCUCAGACACAGAUACUUUUAAAAUCUCACUCUGUCGCAACCGCACUGAUGGAUCUGAAAUGUGCGAGGAGCUGGAUGGCAACUACACACCUGAAACCAACAUUAAACCAAACGCACCCUGCUGCCUCACGUUCAGCCACAACUCAAGUCAGCACCACUUCACCUGGAGCAGCACCUAUGAGGAAUAUGAGCCUUACAUGGCUCUGGUCCAAGACCUCAAGUAUCAGCUUCACUAUUUCAGAAGAGGAGUCGAACAUGACGACAAUGAGGUGAUCUCAGGUGAUAUCUACACAGAAAGAACAUACUAUUCUGUGGACGAUGAUGUGUUUAUGCUGGACGCAGAUUACACUGCCAGUGUACGGUCCAGUCCCAACCUGGUUUUUUACCAGGGACAGUGGAGCGACUGGUCCGCUGAGGUUCAUUGGAGGACGGGGUCGGACAUGAGUGAUCUCAACAGAAUCACGUUUUUUACGAGUCUGGGGAUGAAGGUGUUCCUCACCUUAUGUGUGCUGGUGCCACUCAUCCUCCUUAUGUGCUAUGCUCCUGUAAAGAUGUGGAGGCAGAGGGCCUUCAUCCCAAGUCCAGCUCCCUAUUUCCACACCCUGUACUCCGACUGUCAAGGUGAUUUUAAGAGAUGGGUGAUCACACAAGAUGGCACAGCAGACAUGCCGAAAGCAGAGGCUUUGCUCCAAAUCAACACCCUGACCCAGUGUGCAGAGGUCCCAGAGGACGAGCUCCAGCCCCCCCUUCCCAUGGAGGGCAGCGUGUACAGUAACCUAAUCAACCCAGAGAGUGACACCUCUUGCCUGGGCGUCCGUAAUGCUGUGAACACCAUGGAGCCACUGUCAGCUCCAGGGAGUCUGACCCUUUGUUAUCAGUCUGGUAGCCCAGCUGAGGGGGACUCUGGGUGCUGGCUCUGCAGUGACUCCUCCCUGGAGAAGGACUCUCCUUGGUACUUUAGUAACUACUGCACCCUGGGCAGCCUCACGCAGUCUAGUCCACUCACAGCAGAGCAUCAUGGCAGCUUGUCAACAAAAUGCUCCUCACAGCGGAUCAUCAGCAUGGAUGCCACUGGGGAAACACAGUGAUUAGUGUGUGUGAAGUAACUAGGGCAGGAUAAUAGUUAGAAAUGUAGUUGUAAACAAAGUUGGCCCAUAAGUUUAACCUCAAUACAUAUGCUUUAUAACUUUUCAUAGUCCAGUGGUGAGAAGCCAUGACCAUCAGCUAUUAUAAGAUGUUACAGCAUUAUGUUAAAUGUCAAUAUAUCAAUGUUUAACCUGUUACGCACUUGCAAAAAUAAAUAGCUGUCACAGCUUUGAGGCAAAAAAACAUUUUAGACCAUUUGUACAUGAGUGAAUAUUUUUGCUUUGUUCCUACCGGCAACAAUCUUAUUGUAUUUUCCUUGUGUAAUAAAGAUACUGCAAACA